AUGAGUCCCGCUCGCAAAGCCCUCAUCGCUGUCACCUCGGCCAAAGCCACUCUGAACAAAGAAACAACAGGUCUCUUCAUCACCGAAGCCCUACACCCUUACAAUGUUCUCGUAGCUGCCGGCUUUGAAGUCGACCUCGCCUCCGAGACAGGCACCUACACCGCCGACUGGCUCUCCCAAACAUCCGACUUCCUCAACGGCGACGACCUGAUAACCUGGAACGACGUCAACAGCGACUUCCGCAAGAAACUGGACAAUAUGCCCAAAGCCGCCGACCUGGAUGCAUCGCAGUAUGGCGUUUUCUAUGCCUCUGCUGGCCACGCCGCUCUGAUCGAUUACCCGACUGCGACUUCGCUGCAGAAGGUCGCUGAGCAGGUCUGGGCCAGUGGUGGUGUUGUUGCUUCUGUUUGUCAUGGUCCGGCUAUCUUUGCCAAUAUCCUUGAUCGUGCGACUGGAAAGCCUGUUAUUCAGGGUCGUCGUCUUACUGGGUUUACUACCGAGGCUGAGAACACUAUGGGUAUUAUUGGUGAUUUAAAGAGUUGGAAUGUUGAGCUUUGUGAGGAGCUUGCUGCUCGUCUUGGCGCUAAGUAUGAGCGCUCUGUUGGUAUUUGGGAUGACUUCCAUGUCGUUGAUGGUCGUCUUGUUACUGGUCAGAACCCUGCUAGUGCGACUUCUACCGCUAAUGCUACUGUUGAGGUCUUUGAGAAGCUUUAGAUAGUGA